GAACGGAACACGCCCAAGUUAAUUUGAAAUCGACGGAAAACCACUUCGAAGCGAUUAAAGAAUGCUCCGGUUGCCAGCAAGUUUUGUCGCGCUUUUGUUCGUAAUCGGUAAGUAUCAUGAUGGAUUGUGUAAUAUGGUUUAUCUGCAUACAUUCUCAAGAGAACAGUUUAAACUAUGGUGGAUUGGUGGUACGCAAUAGACAUGUAGUUUCAUGCAUUUACGUUUUACCUAUACCAAUUGAGGUUUCAAUUUAACACACGAAGUUGUAUUACUCUUAACCAUGCGUAAUUAUAAGUUAAGGAUCGAGUAGUUGAAAACUACCUAUACUCUUUCCGUGGUGAAUACGUGAAAACAUUUGAGUUAAGACUUGUUAAAUAUGGUUAUUAAGCAUUUGCCUUUUAAUAUCGAUGCGUUGCCGUCAUACAUGCCAACAUGUCAAAAUUAGGCCCUUACUGGAAAUUGCCAACGCCCUGGUUAACUAUAUAAGCUUUCACCAUAAUCCUGUUGCUGGAUUUUAUACACAGCUAAUUCAACAGAGGUUAUCCUCUAAAAACCUCAAAACUUCGACCUUUGCAUGUAUAAGCGCGAAAAGCAUAAUGUUCAUGUUUACUAUAAGAAAUAGUAUGUAUAUGCAUGCAUGUUAGUACAUUCAUGCGAAUCAAGUGAAUAUAAUUCCCAAAGGCAAAGAAGUUGCGCAUCUUCCCACAAAACAUUAACGUUAAAAGUUUAAUUAGAAAUCCAAUAAAUUUUUAUUGUAUUCCUCAUUGCCUAUUGUUUUUAUUGUAUUCCAGAAUUGUAUUCCAGGGCCUAAGUACAGUAUAUUCUUUUGUAUUUUUGUAUUCAAAGUUUGCAUGCUAUUCUGAAUAGUGCAUUUAUCUUUAUAAUAUCAAUGCAUUUAUGACGCCAUCUGUGUAGUAUAUUAUGUCAAAAUAUUUAAUAGCAAUUAUCGCACUGUGUAUACUUUCUAGCUAAAAUUCUAGCAGAGGACGUUUGUGAAAACAAUGGCACACCAUUAACUGGAACUCAUCAGAAAUGUGAUUGCCCAACUGGAUUUAAAGGAUUUGACUGUAGUGAAAAAGGUGACUUUGAAUCACAUCAAUUUAUAGAGAACUUUUUAAGUCCAUUAGGGACCGGUCAUAAAGUAAUUCCUAGAGGGGGUGGAGGUAAAUGAAAUUUCAAGUACAUAUUUUCAUACCCUCCCAAAAAACCUAUGGAAAAUUUUUCGUAACCCCCUUCAAUGUAAGUGAAAAUUUUUAUACUCCCCCCCCCCCUUCUAUCAUUAAUUCUGUUUGAACAUUUGUCUUGCAUUUAUCUAUAUUUUGAAACUCUCCAGUUUGUGAUAACUCUCCCACUUCUCGUAGUGGUAACCGUAUCCUCAACAUUUUCCGCAGUCUCUGAUUCGUCACCAGUCUUUUCUGAUUCUGACAUACUAGCGAUGAGCUGAGAGUAAGAUCAAACAGAAAAAUUUGUUUUUGGUUUAUUUCAAGUAGAAAAAUUUGCUUCCAUUCGUAUGACACUUUCUCAUCCGGUUCAUCAAGUUCUAAUGCUGGUGUGAGCUUGCUAGCAUUGACAAUUCAGGUGCAUGUAUCGGAUUUGUACUCUAAAAGUUCAACGGAUACUGAAUCCUACUUAUCAUCUGACAUUGAGUCGGUCUAAAACAUAUGCCUUGUGUUGAUUUAAUAAUUAUAGUAAAGCAAUUCUUUCCAAACUUAAAUCUGGGCACAAAUACAUUUAAUAUUCAACAAUAGUUAUAAAAUGUAAUUUUUUCCCGUAGCUAUAUAGUACUAGGAUUUUGUACCCCCCCCCCUCCUAGAGGUUCUGUUGUUUUUUUCGUACACCCCUCAGAGGUUAUCUUUUUUUCGUACCCCCCAAAAAUAUCCUCCACACUCCCUAGUAAAUACUUUGUGACCGGUCCCUUAUAUGCACUCGCAAGUUGCACUAAGAAUCUAAUACCACCAUGCAAAGACCACAUACAAUAUUAAUAAUUGUUAUUUUAUCAAUACAUCCAGUUACUGUGUGUGAAGGAAAUCCUUGCAGAAACUCUGCAGUGUGUGUGGACAAGGAUGAUGGUACAUUCACGUGCAAAUGUCAACCCAACUACGAAGGAAUUCUGUGCGAGAAGAAGGGUAAAGUUAAAAAUGACUUAUCUACAGCCUAGCCCCAGGCUCUCUCUAUUUGCUUCUUUGAAACCCAGUCUCGUACUACAUCCACGUUUUUUCUCGCGCUUGCUUCAGAACGACUGGGACUAGGCUGACUUAUCUAUAAUUCUAGUUCUAUAAUAUAUUAAUCCGCAAAAUGCUGCUACAGCCUAUAUACCAUUGGCAUUGCUGGCGAGAUUAUCCCCAGGAAUGUGAGUCCGCUUCGACCUGCUAUAUGGAAAUUAGUAAAUAAAUUUGUAUUUUUAAUUUAUUAUCGUUUAGACCGCAUGAUUUGUACUCCGAUACUUAGUUGCAUGUACUGGAAUUUCAGCACUGAUAAAGAUUAAUAUAUUUCCAAAUUCCAAUAUUAUUAAUAAGAUUAAUAUUAAUAUAAUUCCAAAUUCCAGCAUUAAUAUAAAGUCUUAAACAAUUAAUGUAACAAAUGCCAAGUAUUUUGCCAAAUCAUCCAUUGGAUUUUGGACUUUUAAGGUGGCUCGAUACAGUAUUUAAAAACUCUAAGUUGUAAACAGUUUGGUAGUUUGAAACGUCAUAUUUUUAGUUUCCAGAACCAGCACAUAUCAGGUGUUCGCGCCUAUUAGUUUUGGUAACACGUCAUAGUUCGUUGCUAUAUUAUGGCAACACACACGUACGAAAAUCACUAUUGCUUUCGAUGUGGUGGGAAAAGAAGCACAGUGACCCCCAUUUUUGCCCUGCAUUAUUUGACUUAGAACAUACACUAAGAUAUUACAAAACGCAACAAUGUAAGUUUGUUUUCGUCGAUAAAAUUUAUUUGGCUUUACAUAGUUUUUUCAAUUUUGGUAUAUUGAAAUCCUUUUGCAAUAGCAACAAUGUACAAAAUUUCAAAUAGGUCAGCGGACAAAAUGAUAUAUAGGGCAUUGUCUAUUAAACAUUUCAAUGACUUCGCCAAUUGAUAUGCAACGCGUUAUAAAACACGUAAAAUGGCGUGAGCAACGGUCGUAUAUGUAUAGGUCCUUUCGUUAAUAUAUUCCCGUGCACACGAAUGAUUACGCGGGUUUAUUCACAUAAAGCGUAUAACGUUUUGUUUUAGCCAUUUUUGCAUAAGGAUUUCGUUUGUAUUGAUAUACCGGGACACCUUUUGCUGAAAAUCCCGCCUCAUAAUCCAUAUUCAGUGAACAGUUUUUAGUAUUUGCUGCUUAAAUAUUUUCUGAUAACCGCGUUGUGUUUUUCAGUUCGUCCAUGUAACUUGCAGCCAUGUAAAAAUAAAGGCAAUUGUUCCGAUGAUGGUGUAAAAUGUUUCAAAUGUGAAUGUCCUGAUGGAUUUAAAGGAUUUGAUUGUUCUAAGAAAGGUAAUUAGUAGUGCCAUUUUUUAAUAUGAAUAUUAUAUAAUGAUAAUAAUGAAAUAUAUUAUUCUUUUAUGGUAUAUUUAUGGUAUACUUGUGUAUCCACAAACCAAAACUUAAUUUUAUUAUUCGCCAUGCAUGCAAAAAUACAAUCAACUUAAUAACACGCCAAUAAAUCUGCAUCUAUUUGAAUAAUGCAAUCAUUAAAAACUUGCAUAGCAUGACCUGUUGCACUGACAGUGUUAUAUUAAAUUAUUAUAUAUGCAAAAGCAAGAAGUUAUAUUAAGCAUUGAGAAGGCAUUCAUAUAAAACUGCAACCUUGUGCAAAGUGUUUUAUAUUCAAAUUGCACUUUUCCUACCUCCUGCAGAACAGGCGUCUUAGGGCUGUUUACAUGAUGGAAGGUGGGAUAAUUUUUGAUCUAUUGGAAUAAGUCACUAGGCUAUAAUCAAAAGCUUAAAUGCUGGUUAACAGAACUCAAAUAUUGUAGAGAAGAUCUUGUAGGUCAAGAAGAUUAUUAUUGCUGCUUGAACAACCUUUUGUUUACAGUUCAUGCCAUAAUCUAUAUGUAUCAUCUCUAGAAAAUAAUGUUUUUUGCCGAAUUGUGCACUGUGACUCAUUUCAAUACAUCGAAAUCAUCCUGCCUCGUAUCUCGUCGGACUUAUCCUGGCAAAGCGGGAUCGUAUUAACAGCCCAUUAUUCAGCAAAUUGCGCAUGGUGCCAUCUCUUGGGGGUGAGGCAGCACUUUCCUUGCGAUAGUAACUUCUAGCAAUAGAGUAAUGGUGUCAUGCAGACAAAAUUAAAAGAAUAUAUAGUGACCAGUGAACUUCGCAAUGUAUAUCAGUAUUUGCACUUAAAAGCUGAUUUUACAAUCAAUCUUGUGCGUGUAUACAGCUAUUUCAAUUAAGGUUGUCCCGAAUACGAGCGCGAAAGGCUGCUAGGAAUCGCUAAUAAAUUCAUUCAUUUAUUAGCGUUUCCCAGCAGCCUUUCGCGCUCGUAUUUUACUUUUCCGCUUUGCUUGGGUGACAACCUUAAUUGAAAUAGCUGUAUAUAUAUGUAUGUGAAUAAAAAAUAAUAACAAAUAUCAACAUUCCACAAUAAAACUCCAAAUAGAGUAAUUCAAAAUCAGCUUAAACCAAUUUAGUAAUGAUUCUACCACUCGUCGGUGCAUACCUAGUGAGUCCGUAUAACUGUACGUUUCGAAGUAUAUGACUAUGAAAAGACUAUUCGGAAAUUAAUACUGGCCUAUAAGAAUCGAUCCUCAUGUUUUUGUCGUAGUUUUUAUGAAGCAAUAAAUAAAUUAAUCAAAUUAAUAUUUAAUAUAGUUCUACCAUGUGAAGUAUCCCCCUGCCAGAAUGGAGGUGUUUGUUCGAAUGAAGAAGAUGGAAGUUUCAAAUGUACCUGUACAACUGGUUAUACAGGUUUGGUGUGUACUAGGAAAGGUAAUUGUCGACUAUGUUAAAUUUACAAAUGACAAUUAUUUGUGUGAACACCGAUUUAGCUCUCUCCUCCGCAGACCCUCCUUAAGUAUUUAAAAAUAACUUGCAUGAAGUUUCCUGAAUAAAAGUGAGCGCGCGCGGUGUGAUGAGAAGAUUGAACUAAUAAAACUGAGAAGGCUCUGCCACAUAGUAGUGUUUAUAGUUACACUCAUUAUUACACUUAAAUUCCUCAUCAAUCCGCAGAGAUCAUCACGAGCCAGUCUGCGCCUGUCUGUCAUAGACAGCUUUGUCCUUUUUAAUUAAAGCAAAUCACGUGUAGUUCACAACUAUCUAGUUAUUAUACUGUAACUAUAUCUAGUUAUCUAACAUGUUAAAUUUCAUUUCACAUAUAUAGAGACUCUAUUCGCUUCUACUGUACUGGAAGGUAACAGCGAGUGGACUGAUCAACUUCAGCAAUGGCUGCCGUCACAGCUACAGGAGACGAAAAUGAAACUUUGCUACAGAGCUUCAGAUAAUGGUUGGGCAUCCAGCACUUUCCACCAGUUCUGCGAUAACAAAGGACCCACCGUUGUUUUGGUGAAAGUUGGAAAGUAUGUUUUCGGUGGAUAUGCUGCUGCAGCAUGGGGAGGUAAGUCCUAAUCAUCCGAAACAUUGAUAUCUUAAUUUACGACCCUUCACUAGUUUCUAAAUUAUGUGUUUGUGUAUUUGGAAGUUUCCUACAACAAGUUAUUGACGAAUACCUAUUUAAAUUAACGUUGAAAUUUGUUUAGCAGCGGAAAACGUUUCUUUAACAACCUUCUUUUUAUACCCUGGUUUUAAUUGUUGAUAUUGAUCUACUUAAUUAUCCACAGUGGGGCAGGUGGUACAAGUAAGCCUUUCAAAAGCACUCGUGGUUGUAUUAGAGUUGUUAUAUAACUGACUAAUAGCAUGCACUUCCAUUAUUCAUUUGUAUGGGGCUUGCAAGGCUGUUUAUGUGACGUCUGUGAUUAAUCUUUCAAAUUUCAUUAAAUGCAAAGCUCAUAAUUAAUAAAAUGUUUUGUGGGUUUGGAAUAUGUAAUAUUGAUAAGUAUACCCUAUAUGGACUAUUAGUAUGGGAACCACUCAAAACAGAAAGGAAGAAAGCUAAGGCAAAGUGUUAAAUAAAAUGGGUCCCAAAUUACUUACUAAUAUUUUUUCAUACAAAAGCGAGAAAACAAAUUACAACCUUCGGGAAAUUUCAAUUGAUUUUAGUUUACCAAACCACGCACUAUAACAAUAUGAAAAAUAGUUUGAUGUAUAUGACGGAGCAUGCCUUUGGAAUUCUAUUACAAAGGAAAUUAGGGAAAGCAAAACUCUUUCUUCCUAAGCUUUUGAAAUAAAAUCUCUGCUCACAUCAUUGACAUACAGUAGAGUAAUAAGUAAAUAUUAAUUAUGUGCCUGUAAAUAUUCUAAUUAUAAUCGUAUAUUUAAAUAAUUCGUAUUUGCCUUAAUUUUUUUAAAUAACUCUUAAUAUCAUUCUUUAUGGAAUUUUUUUCUAUUUUUGCGCACGCCCAUUGUGGAAAUCCGCUUCGGUUGACUGGGUCAGCGUGUACAAAUAAAGUUUUUAUCUACCCAUCCCAUUUGGUAUAUAAUAUAUAUAGAUAUAGAUAUAUAUAGAUAUAUAGAUAUAUAGAUAGAUAUAUAGAUAGAUAUAUAGAUAGAUAUAUAGAUAGAUAGAAAGAUAGAGAUAGAGAUAUAGAUAUAGAUAUAGAUAUAGAGAGAUAGAUAUAGAUAUAGAGAGAUAGAUAUAGAUAUAGAUAUAGAGAGAUAGAUAGAUAUAGAUAUAGAGAGAUAUAUAGAUAUAGAUAUAGAUAGAGAUAGAGAUAGAUAUCUAUCUCUCUCUAUAUAUAUAUAUAUAUAUAUCUACUUAUACUUAUACUUAUACUUAUACUUAUACUUAUACUUAUACUUAUACUUAUACUUAUACUUAUACUUAUACUUAUACUUAUACUUAUACUUAUACUUGACUAUUGCUUGUUGCUGUACCGUAUCUCUUGACUGUAGCUGAGACAAUAGUUGAUUGAUCAAUUUUUAUCCCGCUAUUUCUUUUAGGUUCAGCUCGUUACAUAAAAGCCGAUACAUCCUUCAUUUUCUCCUUCUCCAAUAGAGACGAUCUUGCACCUUUCAAAUCUCCUGUGUACCAAAACAACGCGAAUGCAAUGUAUACCAAUAACGGUUAUGGCCCUACAUUCGGAGGUGGUCAUGAUAUUCACAUUGCUAACAACGCUAAUGGUGGAACAUCGUCCUACACCAACUUCGGUCACACCUACAAACCACCCUCCGAUUAUAAGUACACCACAAAUGCAGCCAAACGGUUGUUGGCAGGAUCCUACAACUUCACUCCUAGUGAUGUUGAAGUUUAUUAUUUUGCCAACAGCAAGUAGUUUUCUAGGACAGAUGGUCUGGUCUGUCGAAAUACUGUGUGUACAUGUGAAGUCCGUAAAUUAAAAGUUGGUUAUGUAAGACACAUAUGUUAAGGUUAUGUGUGACAUGUAAGGUUAUGUAUUAGACAUGUACGGUUAGUAAAAUGUGUGUGCUUUAAAUAUGUAUAAAAAACCUGAAAUAAAAAGAAUGUUUUUCUUUUGUA